UACAAUUCAAGCGAUCACCGGAUUUUAGGGUUUUGGGACUGCAACUGAGUUUCAUUCUUGGUCAACGUCAAUGAAGAAAACAUCAUCUUCUUUAAAUCCAUAUGCAGCAUCAUAUGUACCGCUCUCUGAUAGAGGGGUUGAUGAUGUAAACAGAGAAUUUAGUUCAGCCCAAGAAUUGAAUAGGGGAAAUGACCCUGUUUGGUUUGGGCAUCAACCAAAGAAUACAUUGCCACAAGGUCAGCACCAAAAUAUUUCUGAAAGUUAUGCAAGUGCUGUCCAAACUGCUGAGUUUUCCAAACAAAAGGACCAUCAUGGUGGUGAAUUGUUUGCUUCAACAUCACAAUAUCCAAAUGAGGUACCUGAAAAAUCGAACUUCUAUGAAGACAUGGACUUGGCGUACCUUCAGAUGACCUUUCCUGGAAUAUCAUAUGACUCCCUUCAUGAUGUCUAUUUAGCCAACAAUAAUGACCUAGAUGCUGCAGUUGACAUGCUAAAUCAACUUGAGAUCAACCCAGACGAUUCAUCAGAUAAGCUUCCAGACACUUUGGACAUUGGUGAUGUGCCAGAAUCUGGUUUUGUUGGUGAGCUAGCAUCAGAGGAAGUAAAGAACGCAACAGUGGAGGCAGGAGCCUCAACAUCUCGUGCAUUCAACUCAUCUCCUACAAGCUAAUCUGCCCAAAUUUCGGACUGUGGGUGUUUUUUCAACUUUUGUGGAUAUAAAGUACAAACUGGAAAUUUUUUUACCCAUCUACUUCACUUUGGUUGAGAUACCGUCCAUUCCUUGGCUUCUGUUGUACAGAUUGUAUCUGCUUGUAUUUCUCUCC